UUCAAAAAAACUACGCAGAACACCAUAACAGGAACCAUCCAAGCUUCUUCUACCUCUGCAGAAACUGUAACUCUCUUAAUAAGUCUUCUCACUCUCUCAUUGAGAUCUUCACCAUUUGGAAUUGGAACCUACCUCCCUCUUUCUUUCACUUCACCUGCACUUCCUAUAAAAACCCCACCCUCUCUCUGUAAGUUAUUAGCGUCUGCCCUGCCAAAAAGCUGCAAUCUCAUAGAAGGUGAGUUUAUGCAGCCUUUGUAGCAUUUCCCUCUUUAAAUGUCUCUUUCUCUCUUUUAGCAGUCUUUUCACAAUCUCUGUCUUCCAUCAUUUACUUCACAGUUUAAACUUAGCUUAAGCUUUUUUCAACUAAUAUCAAUGGCUUCUUCUUCUAUGAUAAGCUCUUCUUCUUCUUGUAAACAAAUACCCUUUUUGAUCGAAAGAAAACCCUUGAUGCUCAAAGAUUAUCUUCUUGAUGAUCUAAGUUCAUGCUCAUCCAAAGGCUUCAAGUCAUUUCCUCGUAGUCACUGCUGUACAACCGUCCGAUUUCUCCUCGAAGUCGACCACAAAACCAAACAGCAGCGGCAGCAAAGGCAGCUUUACAAAAGAAGUAAAUCAUCAAAAGCAGCGUCUACAACAAUAUCAGCUCUUCAAAAAGCAUCAGUUGCUGUUAUCAACGCCGUUAAACUACUCCCAUUUCCCUCCUCCAACUCCACCGUAAAGUCUCCGUCACCUUCAAGAACCAGAAAGGGGCUUUUACCUCGAUGUCUUUCACGGAAGCUGUUUAAGAAGAGCUUUUGGAGAAAAACACCUGAUCACAAUGGUCAAUGUAAAGAAAGUAAUGAGAUCAGAGGGUGGAGAUUGUUCCAUGAGUUCUUGGAGGAACAAGAUAGACAGUCUGAUCAAAUCACCAGCAGAAUUUCAACUAGUUCAAGAACCAGCAGCAACAGCAACAGUAACAGUAACGUUUGGACUACUGAGAGUGAAUCUACUGUUGGCAGUGGUAAUUCUACUACGUCAGAGAGUUGUAUAAGUGGCGCAAACGACGCCGUUUGUAAUAAUAAAGAUCUAAUCAAGGAAGUCAGCGACAGAGUAGGCGUAUCAGUCGGCCAGGAUUCCAUCACAAACAGAGAGGAGUGGCCAGAUGACACGGAGAAGGAGCAAUUCAGUCCGGUGUCAAUUCUGGAUUGUCCAUUCCAGGAUGAUGAAGAAGAGAUUAGCUCUCCUUUCCAUCGUAGUCCUAUCCGCAUGGAAGGGACUAAACAAAAGCUUAUGCAAAAGAUCAGAAGGUUAGAGAGCCUCGCUCAACUAGACCCUGUAGACUUGGAAAAACGAAUUGCGAUGGCAGAGUUGGGGGAUGAAUCUCUUGAAUCCCCAGUGCAACAUUGUUCAAUGUCUAUCAAAAGUGAUAAUAACGCCAAUUUCAGUGAAGCGAAAGAAGAAAAUGGAACAGAAAAGCAUGCACAGGAGCUGCUCAAGCAGGUCAAAUCAACUAUAGCAUCACAUAGCUUAUCAUCUAAGCUAGAUAGUCUAUUGGUAGACUUCUUCACAGAGAAAAUUGUGGAAAACAAUGCGAGUGGAAGCGUGAUCGGGUUAUAUAAAGAAUUUGAGCAGGAGCUAGGAGUAGCACAGGAUUGGAUUAACGGGCAGCCUACAGAAAUGUUUUUGGGGUGGGAGGUGGUGGAGAGCAGGCAUGCCUACCUUAAAGAUAUGGAGAAGAAUGGGAAGUGGAAAAACGUGGAUCAAGAAAAAGAAGAGUUUGCUUUGGAGUUGGAGGUUGAGGUUUUUAAUUCAUUGGUAGACGAAGCUUUACUUGAUUAUAUUCUAGCUAAUUAAUGUCAUUAGUUGACUGCUUAAAUUAAAUCCAUUUAUUAAUCAUUGGAUUACCCAAGAUUGUUUUCCUCAUUUUGAAGCAGGGCAAUUUAGCUGAAACGACUAAUAAAGCCACCUUACCCGCCGUGUUUAUUUA